AUGAACAUUUGUCCUAUUCGAUAUACACCAUAUUUGAAUAAUUCAAGAAGACGAUAAAGAAUAAUAGAUCCUAAUAGAGCUAAGAGUUCUUAAGGGAUUAGAUUAAAUAGUUCUAGUCAAUAGAGAUGUUGUACAUAAUAAAGUCCUAACAGAACUCCUAGUUAAUGUGAAUUGCAGCAAUUAGAAGUAUAAUGAGAUUUGUUUAGAAUGAUAGAUUUAAUAAUAGGCUGGGCCAAUUGCACAGGUAUUAGUUAAUUUGAGUGAGUCUAGAAUUACUAAUAGUUAUUUCUUUCAACAUAGAUUAAAAGAAGUCCUUCGUUUCGUUUAAAGAAUUAUCAUGCAGCAGAAAUAACAUCAAGUAGUUAAUCUACUUCAUAGUAAAAGAGAUAGAAUGUAAUAUUGAAUGGAAAGUAUUGAAUGCGAUAAUAUAAUUAAUAGGAAAAGUAAGGAGGAAAGAAUAAGUAGAAUAAAUUUCUUAGGUGAUUUAUUAUAACAAAUGGAGUAAAAUGGAUAAUAAACAAAGUAAUCUUUAUCUACAGAAAUGACUACAGUUCCAAAACCAAAAUUUGAGUUGUUAAAUACAAGAACAUUAACUGAAUAUGAAUAGAAUAUUGAAGAAUUGCAUUUCUAUUUAGUGGACUCCUAAUAAAGAACAAAACAAUAUGCUUAAGUUAUUGAGAAACAGAAAAUAAAUAAUUGA